GGAAGUGUGCAUGUAUAGGCAUGCUAGGCGUGCUGGCUUGGCAUGUCCGUACAUCCGCACCGCAACCUCAAGAGCUUAUUCGCAUCUAUCCUUCUAUCACUGCAUCCGCGCCAGUCAAUCAUGCACUGCCAACACAAGCACUCUCAAUUCUAGGUAUCUCUUUUCCAGCCCUCACUUCUCACUUCUCCCACUCUCUCCCACCACUCCAAACCACCAAAACAAGAAGAAUAAGUAAACAACCAACCAACCAACCAAACAGGCACUCAAGCGCUGCUGCACACAAGAACGGAACCAGACCAAACUAAGAAGCCAAGAAACUCAAAAAACAGGAAAAACCGCAGGGAUAUAAUACAAGCAGCCACCCACACCCGCCCACCUCUCCACUCCCUCUCGUCCACUGGUAGGGGAGCAGAGGAGGUGCAGCCAAACAUCACUCCAAUCCAACUUGAAACUAAACAUAUCGGAAGCCUUAGAAGCAAACAGGCAGAAAGAAGCAGAUAACGAAAAGGCUAGAAGAGAACAAAAAG